ACUAGACUCAGGAGCCCAGCUGGCUUCACCUAAUGGAUCCUGCACCAGGGCCACAGGCAGAGCUGCCCGCCAGUCCUGCCGUGCGCCUGCACGCCUCAGCCCUUGGGUGGUUGAUGGGACCUGGCGCUGCGGAGCAGGGGGCGGAGCUCGUCGGGAGGCUCAGGCUGUGCAGGAGCCCAUGGCGGCGGGGGAAUGGGGGAGUCUCAGGCCCAAGCCCUGCCCCAGAGGGAGGCAGCUGAGGCCCUGCCGGAAUUUGAGUGCGGCACUGGCGGCAGGCCGGCACUGCUAGGGGACCCGGUGCACCCUCCACAGCUGCUGGCCCAGUUACUAAGUCCCUCACUGCCCGAGGCCGGCGGCGCCAGCCGGUCGCUCAGAGUGCAGGGCCCGCCAAACCCACGCCCUCCCGGAACUCGCGCUGGCCCACAAGCGCCGCGCGCAGCCCGGGUUCCCGCCCACGCCUCUCCCUCCACGCCUCCUCUCAAGUUGAGGGAGCGGGCUCUGGCCUCGGCCAGCCCAGAAAGGGGCUUCCACAGUGCAGCGGCGGGCUCAAGAGCUCCUCAGGCGCGGCCAGAGUGGGCGCCUAGGCCGAGUAGGCGCCGAGAGCGAGGGAGGGCUGCGAGCGCUGCCAGCAUGCUGUCACCUCUCAGAAUGACUUAUGAUCAAGGGGUUCCAGAACCAGUCCCUCACAAACACCAAGGAAUGACUGUAUACUCCUUCAGGUACCAUGAAAAAACACAGCCAUUAACAUAUGUGUUCAACUAAACACAGAGCAUUGACUUGAAACAGUACAUGAUCAGAAUGAAGACAAUACUAUAAGGAACUACAGGGAGAAACUAAUAUUGCCAGGGUGGAGAGGAUAAUGGAGAAAACAAAGAAGGAGGCAUUAUACCUAGGACUCCAGGGAGAGAAGGAAACAGGCAAAGAAGCACAUGAACAUGACAGUUCUGGUGUGUUGACACACGGGUAAGUGAAAGGACAUUAGGUUAAAAAUAUAGUUAUGGGCCACAUUAUGAAAAUCCUUGAAUGUCAUGUUGAGGAAUUCAGACCUUAUCCUCCCUACAGUCAAAUUUGUGGGGGAUGGAUAGAAACAUGUAAAACUUUUACUAUAUUUUAUAUAUUCUAAGAUGUACAUUUUUCACUUUUUUACAAUUCUGCUAUUACAAUGCAUCUUUCAAUGGAUAGUUCUACAGUAGGAGUUGUGACAUAAUUGUCAUUGUCUACACUUGCAACUUAUAUUUUCCAUCUUAUGCAUGCACAGGAAUGAUACAUAAUAAAAAUCUGACAAAAUAAGUCUAAAAGAGAUCACAGGUAUAAAAUGAAAAAGUCUAAGUGGUAAGAAUUAUUUUAUAGCUUAGUUGGUAGCACUUUUUUUCUGGUUUGGUGAUACAUAAAAUGAAUAUGUGGUGGAUUGCUUUAAAUAUGUACUGGUCAUAUUGUGAAAUGCUUAAACAGGGAAUGGCAUGAUCAAAUUUGUUUCCAAAGAAUAUUUCCUGUGAAAUGCUAGUGGAUAUACUGGAAAAGGGAGAUGUGAAGUCCAGUGACAAAGCUGAAAGCUAUUCUAAGUCUAGACAAGAAAAGAUGGGGUAUGAACUGUAGUCAUGGCAGUAGGGAUUCUAGCAAAAGAGUCAAGAUGCAUUUUAACAGUAUAGUUGAUAAGAAUCAAUGACCAUCUUGAUGUCAUCUGAUGAGGAAGAAGGACUUAACAGUAACUUCUUUAAGAUUUUGUGAUGUUGUUGUUUGUUUUUGUUUGUUUACUAUUGUCUGAAUUCUUUAUUCAUUGAAAUCAAAGUUCUGGUGUAGGGAGACAAUCUUGUAAAUAGUCAUGCUGUC